UGCUGCAACCCCAAACCCUAAUUUUAGGAAACCCACAGCCCAUUGGAUAAUGCAAGAGAACGCCGCUCGCCGCCGUCGUAGCCCAACAAAUCAGCGGUCGGCGAGUUAUUCCCUGCGGGCGUGAGCAUUGUGCGAUCAAUGGAGAGGAAUCUUUGAAAGCAAAAAGGAAGGAAUUUCGUGAAAAAAGAGGAACGAGGGAGAAUUUUGAUUGAGGUAUGUGUGAUCUAGUGGCCCGUACGGGUCGACAUCAGCAACGUUACGAGGCUGGCUGUCGUCUUGUCGCCGGGUGUAUUCCAUUCAGGUACAGAAAUUCUGAUGAGAGUGGCAAUGCUGAUUCUGAGAAGGUUGUUGAGGUCCUUAUGAUAAAUUCAUCUAGUGGACCAGGUCUUUUAUUUCCUAAGGGAGGCUGGGAGAAUGAUGAAACUGUUCAGGAAGCUGCAGUAAGAGAAGCUAUGGAAGAAGCUGGAGUUCGAGGAGAAUUAAUGGAUUUAGUGGGGUAUUAUCAAUUUAAGAGUAAAACUCACCAGGAUGAGGUGAACCCAGAAGGUAUAUGUAGAGCUGCAAUGUUUGCUUUGUUAGUCAAGGAGGAGCUUGAGUCGUGGCCGGAACAGAGCACUCGAAACCGAACUUGGCUGACUGUUGAAGAGGCUGCUGGUAGAUGCAGGCAUGCAUGGAUGAGUGAGGCCCUGGUGGACGGCUUUUCGAAGUGGCAUGCAGAGAAGAUGCUAGGUGCAGGGUAGGAUGUAACAUUGACUUGCUAGUUGGAUGUGCCUGAAAUGAACCAAGGCUUUUUUAGGUGCAUUCUCAAAACCUAAUCACUCAUUUGCUGGAAUUUUGUUGGACUGAUUUCAGGGCACUUUUCUACUUCCAGUUGAUGAUCAAGAGUAUAUGACUUGCAUAGUUACUGUCCCUCAUGAUUCAGA